UGCGAGCACGGGCGGAUACGAUCUCAGUGCAAGGAGUGCGGGGGAGCCAGCAUCUGUACCCAUGGGCGCAGGCGAUCUCGAUGCAAGGAGUGCGGGGGAGCCAGCAUCUGUACCCAUGGGCGGGAGCGAGCUAAGUGCAAGGAGUGCGGGGGAGCCAGCAUCUGUGCCCAUGGGCGCCAGCGAGAUAAGUGCAAGGAGUGCGGGGGAGCCAGCAUCUGUGCCCAUGGGCGGGAGCGAGCUAAGUGCAAGGAGUGCGGGGGAGCCAGCAUCUGCAUCCAUGGGCGCCAGCGAGCUAAGUGCAAGGAGUGCGGGGGAGCCAGCAUCUGUACCCAUGGGCGGAGACGAUCUCAGUGCAAGGAGUGCGGGGGAGCCAGCAUCUGUACCCAUGCGCGGAGACGAUCUCAGUGCAAGGAGUGCGGGGGAUCCAGCAUCUGUACCCAUGCGCGGAUACGAUCUCGAUGCAAGGAGUGCGGGGGAGCCAGCAUCUGUAUCCAUGCGCGGAGGCGAUCUACAUGCAAGGACUGCAGG